UCAGUUGGAGAAGAAGUGAGCAGAGAACAUCUCUAAUGGCUCCUCAGUACGCACCAAGUCUGCGCUCCCGUCUGGCUCCUAUGCUGCUCCUCCUGCAGCUGGGCUUCAUUGUCAUUUUUGCCUUUUAUACUGAGAUCCAGUACCAUGGAAAGCCACAUGGGGACACCUUCAGUAACAUCUACCCAGAGUUCCAGGAUGUGAACGUGAUGGUGAUUUUCGGCUUUGGCUUCUUGUGCACUUUCCUUGUGCGUUAUGGUUUCAGUGCCUCAGCCUUCAACCUCCUUGUGGCCGUCAUGGCCACACAGUGGGCAGUCAUACUCAACGGCAUUGAAGCCUACAGUGGAAAGAUACGGCUGGAUUUGAGGAGCUUGGUAGAAGCAGAAAUGUGCACGGCCUCCGUCCUCAUUUCGAUUGGAGCUGUACUGGGGAAGACCAACCCUGUUCAGCUCAUCCUCAUCUCUCUGCUGGAGGUGUCAGGGUUCAUCUUGAAUAAAUGGGCCCUGCAGACUCUGCUGAAGGUGCGGCUGGUGAACAGCAUCAUGAUGCUACACAUCUUUGGGGCUUUCUUUGGACUCAUGCUGACCUGGAUACUGUAUCGGAAAGGUUCAGAACAACGAUUUGAAAAAGAGAGAUUCCACCACAGAUCUGGAUUAUUCUCCAUGUUGGGGACUGUGUUCCUCUGGAUGUUCUGGCCCAGUUUUAACUCGGUGCUUGUAGAUGAUCGUAGUCCCGGGGGAAAGCUCGAGGCCGUGUGCAGCACCUACCUGGCCCUGGCUGUCAGUUCUGUAACAGCAGCUGCCGUGUCUGUGCUCUCCAGUCCCAAGGGAAAACUCAACCUGAUCCAUAUGCAGCGGUGCACCCUUGCUGGUGGUGUUGCUGUUGGUGUCUCAAUGUCUGUGGUUCAUCAGCCAUGGGAGGCCAUGAUGAUUGGAUUCACUGCUGCUGUUGUAUCAACAAUUGGACACAGAUAUCUCCAGACUAAAAUGCUACUUGCAUUACAAUUCCACGACACCUGUGCUGUUCUCAGUACACACGGACUCCCUGGUUUACUGGGAUGGACAGCACAUCUUCUCCUGCAGAUUAAAGACUGCGACGACCACACAACAGCAAUCCGGUUUGCUGUAGUUCACAUUUGUACUCUCCUCCUCACCGUCACUGUAAGUCUUUCCAUGGGAAUCAUCACAGGACUUAUACUCAAGUGGGACUUCUGGAGACCACCCCAGGACAAGAAAUGUUUCGAUGACCAGGCUUUCUGGGAGUUUCCUAAUCUAGCAGUAAAAAAGUGAGAAGGUGGAGAAAGACAGGCCAAGUCUGGAAUCCUGGAAGUGAAAAAUAUUUUCAUGUCAAUGUAUAAUAUUAUAUAAAUGUAUUAUUAUAAUACAAAUGUGUUUUUUUUUUUAAGAAUGAAGGUUUAACCAGAGAAACAUCAAUGUAAGUCAUUUAUUGUUCAGUAGGUUUUUGUUUAAUGUUGUCAUAUUUGUCACGAAAUAACCUCAUGGUUUGGAUGUUACACAAGCAAAAUGUAUAGGAGUAAGUAUAGCAAUAAACAAUAAAUUUGGAUGAUGUUCA